AUGGAUUGGUUGAAUACAUAUGAAAAUGCUACAGAAUUGUACACUGAUGCUAUUCGUCGUUGGCCAAUCAAUAGAGAGCAAGCACCUGGAAAAUGGAUUUUAGCAUCCUAUGAUGAUGAAUCAAUCAUUGUCUAUCAGGCUUAUAAUGCAAAUAUAGCGAAAUAUGCCAGUGAAAACCAUCGAUUUAUCGGAUGUCCGGAUUAUAGUAAUACACGUAUGACAUGGAUUAAAACGAAUUUUCUUUGGAUGAUGUAUCGAUCUCAAUGGGCAACAUCACCAAAUCAAGAACAUAUACUGGCCAUAUGGUUGCGCAAAUCCGCAUUCGAUAGUUAUUUAGCUCAAUCAGUGAAUAGUCAACACAAAGGUUUACCUGAGGACAAAUCGAAAUCUAGUCAAGACAAAACUGGUACGAGUUUAAUUCGUUUACAAUGGGAUCCUGAUCAUCAUCCACAUGGCAUGUCAGUCAACGGACGUCGAGCGAUUCAAUUGGGUUUGAAAAGAGUUCAGAGUUUCCUUGAUGGUAGUGAUAUCAUUCGUAUUGUCGAUAUCACUUCAUUUGUUCAAAAACAAUAUCAAAAUGCUGUUUUACCAAAGGAACAACUUGAUCAAUUACGUGUUCCUGUUGAGUGCGUUUACGUUCCAGCUGACGAACAAACACGUCUUCAUAUACAGUUAGACCCUUGGCAAGUCGAUGAAGACAAAUAG